AUGGGAGCUUCACUUUGUCAUGCACAAACCUUUUUAUUCAUUCUCCUUCUGUUUUCUAACUACUGGUGCUCAUGCUUGGCCACCAAUCCAAUUGCUACUAGUGCAAACAACAAGGAUUAUAUUAAAAUUUCAUGUGACACCACCUUGUACCCUCAACUUUGUUUCCAAUACCUCUCACCAUAUGCAGAUAAAAUCCAAACCAGCCCUAAACUCUUGGCAAACACUUCCCUCUCCAUUGCCCUUUCAGCUACUCGAUCAACCUCGUCGAUGAUUGAAAAUCUUUCAAACACUUCAGGCUUGAAUCCAACAGAGAAAGCAGCCCUUCUUGAUUGUGUUGAGGAAUUGAGUGACUCCGUGUACGAGCUCCAGGGGUCUAUGAAGGAGAUGGCUAAGGCCGAUAGUGGUGGCUCCAACUUUAAGCUUCUAAUGAGUGACAUUGAAACAUGGACGAGUGCUGCUUUGACAGACGAUGAUACGUGCACGGAUGGCUUUGAAGGGAACGCCAUGAACGGGCAGGUCAAAACUAUAGUCCUCAGUCACGUUGGGGAGAUUGAGCAAUUGACUAGCAUUGCCUUAGCUUUUAUCAACAACUAUGCUGCAACCUAA